AGGAGGAGAAGAGGAGGAGGAGGGCGGGUGGAGGCUGUCUCCUCUCAACGGGGGUUUAAUCCGCGCUGUCAUGGACAAAUAUCGACCAAAGAGACCCACGACGCUAGCUCUUAUGCCACAGCGAGCUGGCACCCAGGACACAAUAAACAACAACUCUUCAGGGAAGAAAGACAGCUGGAAGGGCUCCAGGUCUUCAUCCCCACACAUUAAAGGGGCUCGAACACAAAGCGACAGUCAACCAAAAGCAGAGGACAAAGUAAGACCUUGCACCCGCCGCCCUGCCCCUAAACCGCCAACCGGCAGCACAUCCAAUGGCAGAGCCAGCACUCAAGCUGCAGCUGGCGGCACACAUGUCCGUCCACGGGAAAGAGAGCCGCCAGGGGCCAUGCACACUAAGUCAUUCAUAGCGCCAACCAGCCAACGGAGAGGGGGAGCAGUGGGAGGAGGCAGAGGAAGAGGAGAAGGGAGAAGCUUGGGGGACAUCAGAGGAAAGGAUGGAGCGACAUCAGCGAAGGAAGAAAGAAGAGGAGGAAGACUGUGUGAUGAGUCCAAAGGCAAGGAGAAAGAGAAAACCAUCAACUACAGACCUAAAGAAACAAAUCGACCAAAAAGCUCGGCGGCAGAUGGAAAAGGGAAACUAUAUGCUAAAGGGGAAAACAAAGGAGGGAAGGGGAAACUCAACUACUCACUGUCCAACCAGGUUUACUUAACAGCCAUGGUGGUCCCACGCACACCUGUAGCACCAAGAAAAGGGGACAAGACCAAGGUUCAAGGCCAAAACCAUGACAGGAAAAGUCGUUCCCAAUCCAGUAGUGAUGGGGGGUCCAACAGAAUGUCCCUCAGCUCAGACACAGAGGGACCCCCACCAGAACCCCUGCAUCCCCCUCUAUCCCAUCGAGCUAACCCUGACAUCAGAGAAGAAGAGGGUGAAGGAGCUCUAUUUUCCACUGGGAAAGACCAUGAGAGUCCAGAAUCUUUACCUAAGGGUGACACAAAGUCAGAGACAGACUGUAUCCAAUCAGAGGUGGACCCAAGAGGAGGAAAGGGUGAUAAUAAGAGUGAAACUGAGAGGACCAAAUCUGUGUGUCUGGGCGAUCCUACAGCUCCUCAGACUAAACCAAAGAGCGAAGCUUCUACGGCGUUAAAUUAUGACUCUAUUAAACCCACGCUGGUGGUUGACAAGCACGCUCAUUUGGAGCUGGUCAGCCUCAAGGACUGCUUGCACAGUAAGAGCGGACACAAUGAAGAUAGCGAUGCAGAGACCGUCUAUCAGUCAGCCAAUGAGGAGGAAGACCCGGAGUAUAAGGAGGAGAGGAAGAAAAAAGAGGAUGCCAAAAAGCAAGGGUGCAGGAAAGAGGAAGAAAUGAGAAGAAAGGAGGAGAAGAUGAAAGAAGACUUGAGGAGGAGAAGGGAGGAGGAGGUGAAAAGAAGGAGAGAAGUGGUGACGAGGGUCUGCAAGCACCCCAAGGCAAUAUCAGCCAAAACAGCAGAGGAAGAGGAAUCUAAUGGAGGAAAAGCAAGCGCACCCAGAAGCAAGAAGUUUUUAAACCUGUUUUCUACUGACAAAGACUACAGUUCCACUGGUGCAGGCUCAUUUAGCAUGUUUUCCUGUGUGUUGGAUGGAGUGGAGAGGCAGCAGAGCCAUAAGGCUGCAUACAGGUUUGUACCCCGACAUGCUGAUGAGCUGUACCUGGAGACAGAUGACCCGGUCUUAAUUCUCAAGCAGUCUGAGGAUCUGUGGUGUCAGGGUUACAACAUGAGGACAGGGGUUACUGGAAUUUUCCCUGCUUUCUACGCCGUCAGGGUGGCCAGAAAUACUACCAAAGGGCAAAAGGAUGGUUGGAUUGAACAGUUCCUGGUGCGAUUCUUGGGUUCCGUUCAAGUUCCCACCCAAAAAGGCAACAAUGUGCUGUGUGCUGCUAUGAGGAAGGUUGCAUACAACAGGCGGUUUGCAGGACAGCCUCCCUCAGCCUGUGUGCUCGAGGUCAGUGUGAGGGGUGUGAAAAUCAGUGUCCAGGACCAGUGUCACUCUGCUCACAGGGGAGAACAGUGUUUCCAUUUCUUCCAUUUGAAGAACAUCUCCUUCUGUGGCUGCCAUCCAAAACACAGCAAGUAUUUUGGUUUCUUCACCAAACAUCCUGACCAACACCGCUUUGCCUGCCAUGUGAUGAUGGCAGAUACAAGUUUACAUCCUCUGGCUAAGUCAGUUGGGAAGGCCUUCCAACAGUAUUACAAAGAACACAUUGGCUACUCUUGUCCUACUGAAGACAUCUUUAUUGAAUAGCUCACCUUUUUUCCUCGUUGUGACAGAAUGUGUUAACUAUUGGUGAUGUGCACGUCUAGGAGGUCUAUUUGGGUACAUUCAUCAUCCGCGUCAGUGGAAUCUACAAAGGCUGAAUUGAAGGAAAUUGGAAUAGGUACUGGACAAGAACCACACACAUAACUGUUUGUUGCAUACAUUGGAGUUUUGCAAACACAAAAUCUAAAUGCACUGCAAACCCUGCAACACCUUCAGACACGUAUGUCCUACACUCGAGAGAAUAUAGACAAAUCCAAAUGCGACACCUAACAAACUGCACGACUCUCACUUACUUUCUAUUUUCAAUUUAUCUUCCAAAUUUCAUAUAUUUUAGCCAGCAAACUAGCACAACAACCUUAAUCAAUGAUUAGAUUUUUAUUCCUGGUUUCGUCACAUGUUUGCGAGGUAGAGUUCAUAUGACUUAAAGGACCCGUAGCGUCAAGAUGAUCAAAAUUUCACUACCAAGUCCUCUUUAUAUAUUAUUUGCCCCGGAAAAUGAAUCGGGAAAUCAUUUCCCAUAAUAUCAAUUAGUUUUUGAGUAAUGAGUACAAUACUAACUUUACUUGGAACGCCCGCUUUCCAUCGCCAGACUCGAUAUGCUGCCCCCUCUUGGUGUGACGUCAAUUACAGAACUGGAGCCCAUUUCCCCACACUGGCAGUGUGGAUAAAGUCAUAUACAAUUAUUAUUUUGAUCAUUCACCGUAAUUGCAUGUUUUUUUGCCCUGGUCCAUGAUUAUUUAUAAACUAAUAUGGUUGACAUUAUGAGCAAAAAAGAACUAUCAAAGAAUUCCCAUUUCCGGACUUCCGUGCUCUUCUAUAGGCACCAUUGCUCGUGUUUCCUCAAGAUGCUUGAGGAAAACUAGAAUACUGGCAUCUUUAUUGUUUUUCUCUAAUUUUUGCGUGCUGGAUCUGCUCUUUUCUCCAAUUUUCCAAAUUUUUGGACUCAGUCGUUCUUCCUUCAAGGGUGCUACUAAAUCUUGAGAUCGCAUUUGACUUGAGUUUUUUACAUUUUUCCAUCCAAACUCAGAUCAAAAGCAUUAUUCUUCGAAGUCAGAAUCAUUCAAAUGAUUUCUGCAAACCACACUCCUCUUGCUUGGUCUGUCCUAUUUUGUAUGAGUCAAUUUGACCGGACAGAUCCAUACUUUCUUUAUAUUCCCAUCCCAUUCCACCGCUUAUUUCCUUUUGGGGUUGCGGGGGGCGCUGGCGCCUAUCCCAGCUACAAUCGGGCGGAAGGCGGUGUACACCCUGGACAAGUCGCCACUUCAUCGCAGGGCCAACACAGAUAGACAGACAACAUUCACACUCACAUUCACACACUAGGGCCAAUUUAGUGUUGCCAAUCAACCUAUCCCCAGGUGCAUGUCUUUGGAAGUGGGAAGAAGCCGGAGUACCCGGAGGGAACCCACACAGUCACGGGGAGAACAUGCAAACUCCACACAGAAAGAUCCCGAGCCUGGAUUUGAACCCAGGACUGCAGGACCUUUGUAUUGUGAGGCAGACGCACUAACCCCUCUGCCCCCGUAUAUUCCCAUCAUUUGGAAAUGUAUGCAGGCAGACCCCUUCUUUAGUUGUGUUGAUACAACCUGCAACAAUCCAUCCAUCCAUCCAUUUUCUACCGCUUAUUCCCUUUCGGGGUCGCGGGGGGCGCUGGCGCCUAUCUCAGCUACAAUCGGGCGGAAGGCGGGGUACACCCUGGACAAGUCGCCACCUCAUCGCAGGGCCAACACAGAUAGACAACAUUCACACUCACAUUCACACACUAGGGCCAAUUUAGUGUUGCCAAUCAACUUAUCCCCAGGUGCAUGUUUUUGGCGGUGGGAGGAAGCCGGAGUAUAUUAUAUACCAGGGGUCACCAACGCGGUGCCCGCGGGCACCAGGUAGCCCAUAAGGACCAGAUGAGUAGCCCGCUGGCCUGUUCUAAUAAUAGCUCAAAUAGCAGCACUUACAACAUUUUUAUUUCUAAGAGAGACAAAACUCAAAUAGAAUUAGAAAAUCCAAGAAAAAAAUGUAAAGACUUGGUCUUCACUUGUUUAAAUAAAUUCAUAUUUUUUUUCACUUUGCUUCUUAUAACUUUUAGAAAGACAAUUUUAGAGAAAAAAUAAAACCUUAAAAAUGAUUUUAGUAUUUUUAAACACAUAUACCUUUUUACCUUUUAAAUUUCUUCCUCUUCUUUCCUGACAAUUUAAAUCAAUGUUCAAGUACUUUUUUGUUAUUGUAAAGAAUGAUAAAUACAUUUUAAUUUAAUUUUUCAUUUUAGCUUCUGUUUUUUUCGACAAAGAAUAUUUGUGAAAUAUUUCUUCAAACUUACGAUUAAAAUUCAAAAAAAAUAUUCUGGCAAAUCUAGAAAAUUUGUAGAAUCAAAUUUAAAUCUUAUUUCAAAGUCUUUUGAAUUUAUUUUAAAAUGUUUGUUCUGGAAAAUCUAGGAGAAAUAAUGAUUUGUCUUUGUUAGAAAUAUAGCUUGGUCCAAUUUGUUAUAUAUUCUAACAAAGUGCAGAUUGGAUUUUAACCUAUUUAAAACAUGUCAUCAAAAUUCUAAAAUUAAUCUUAAUCAGUAAAAUUUACUAAUGAUGUUCCAUAAAUUCUUUUUUUAAUUUUUUCAAAAAGAUUCGAAUGAGCUAGUUUUUUCAUUUUUUUCCGUGGAAUUUUGAAUUUUAAAGAGUCGAAAUUGAAGAUAAACUAUGUUUCAAAAUUUAAUUUUCAUGUUUUCCGUGUUUUCUCCUCCUUUAAACCGUUCAAUUAAGUGUUUUUUUCAUCAUUUAUUCUCUACAAAAAACUUUCCGUAAAAGGAAAAAAAAAUGUACGACGGGAUGACAGACAGAAAUACCCAUUUUUUUAUAUAUAUAGAUUUAUUUAUUAAAGGUAAAUUGAGCAAAUUGGCUAUAUCUGGCAAUUUAUUUAAGUGUGUAUCAAACUGGUAGCCCUUCGCAUUAAUCAGUACCGAAGAAGUAGCUCUUGCUUUCAAAAAGGUUGGUGACCCCUGUUAUAUACUAUUUGUAUAUAUGUACCACAAUGUUAACCAUGUCAGUUUUGAAGUAAUCAUGAACCAGGUUGACAAAAACACGCAAAUAAAUGGUUAAAGUCAUAGUUUUAUAUGCCCUUAUCCACACUCUCUAUGUGGGGAAAUCGACUCCAGUUCUGUAAAUGACAUCACACUACGAGGAGGUGGCAUAUUGAGUCUGGUGAUGGAAAGGGGGCGUUGAUGGUAUAUACUGUAUACCAUCAACAUGCAAAUGGAAAAAUAGCCAUUGGCUACAAUCUGGCAUAUUUACAUUUGAUAUGUUCAUUAAUAUGCAUUGUCCCAUGUAACUAGGAUGUAACAAAUGACGACUUCCUAUCAGUUUUAUCAUACAGUGCAUCUAUAAACAAGUGCUUAUUGUGGGACAGGCGAAAGUUAAGUUUUAGAAAAUGCGUUUAUAAAUCAUGUAAUGUAUCUGUGUGGCCUGGUGGCAAAUGUGUAAUGGACAGGUACUGGUCUUCAGACCAGUGGUAGGAGUACACUGCAUUAUAAAACAAGCCUAAAAUCAUUACUGUGUCUAUUUUGGGCGGAACUUUGCCUUUAGACAUCAUUUUUACGUCCAGAACUAUGAAAUAUGUGUUGGCAGCCCCUCAAUCAGAUUCGCCCCACAGCCACUAGGCUUUUUGAAUGACAAGCCAGUGUAUUGGGUUUUUUUUUUUUUUUUUUUCCCAAAAAGAGUACUAUGAAGAUGGCACAGAGGAAGAAUGCUAUUAGUAGCGGCCGAAUGGAUACAUGUUAGUGACCGUCACUUGUCAUUAACUUCUACAUCCGAGUGAAAUAACCUCCCUUUAACUGAGGUUUGUGUAAGAACUUGUCACCAGCCUUUGGAUUCCCAUGAAGGCAUAUGUGGAAUGAAGAAGUCCAGUCGCCCUUGAGUUUGUACUGGAUGCAUCUAUCUGCUUUGUCCCAUAGUCAUGACUGGAUGGAUGUUUGGGACUCUUUUAAGAUACAGCACAACUGCCCUUAUAACGAAGUACUUAUACCUAUGGUGUUAUGAUGAGAGGAAAACAAAACAUCCAUCACAGACACUCCAGUGACAGAAAUGUGGGUUAGAUCAUCACUGUGCUAUAAAAAAAGUCAUAUCAUAAGCUCUAAUGUGGUUAUUUUAAAGUGCGUUCUACAAUGCAUUGUCAUAAUCGAAAAGGGACACAGUGUAUAGGUAAAUGACAAAUACAAUCAAAAAUAUGAGAGCUGCAGAAGAAGAGGGAGGGAUGGUCACUUCAUAACAAUAACUAAGUUGAGAUGAGGCAGUUUCAAGAUGAGCACAUUUGUCUCUUUAAAGCAUAGCAAUGAAUGAGUGAAUGUCAAACCAGUACACUGGUUCAACAGUAUGAAUGGAUGUUUGCUCCUAAUUUAACAUGCUUUAGUAUAAAGGAAUGAGGUGAUGACUGACACAAAUAUAAAGGUGGGGAAGCAGGAACGGGCCCUAACAAGGACCAGUAAUGAAAGUACCUAAGAGCAGGAUGCAGUGGAAUGCACUGAGCACAAGUAGUGGUCCAAGCAUCUUAAGAAAGACAAGACAAUCUAAGAAGACAUAUAAUAAUGCGGCAACAAGCCAAAGCCACACCUGAAUACUGUAGCACGCUAUUCGCCAAUCUAACGGAACAUCAAUUCAAAACACAGUGGAAGUUUCUGACGAAAAAUAGAGUAAUAGACCGGACGUUCACGUGACGGCAUGAAGUUUAUCCUCCGCAAGCUGCAUCGUUUUAUGUGCGUGUGAAGUCAGGUUAACUGCUUGGUUUGCAUUAACUGUCAUUAAAUUGUCUUUGGCAUUCCCUACUGUUCAUAGACCUUAGUGCUCUAGUUCCUAAUAUAUAAUGGCCCUGUUCUUUGCACAUAUGACAACAAAGUGUGUGGGGUUUUUUUUGUAUUUAUUGAUCCAUAUUUGAAAGUUCAUAUUUGUAUCUUACAACUACCUAGACAAUCUAAUGUCGGCCAAAUGUUCCAAAAUGACUUGUUUUUAAGGGUUUUUCCCGACAUGACGAUUUUUCUUUAAACUAAUUACAGGGCCCAGGUGACUCGGUGCAAUCGAUUCAAUUGUGUUUUCCUGUUGCAUGCUUAAAUCUGACAUCAUGAAGUACUCACUUAGUAUUCGACAAUAACUCAACAUGGCAAGGUUUUGAGUAAACACAUGUGAAGGAGCUAAAUCAGGGCUGUCCAAUUUGGCUAUCAUGAAUUUACAUGCUGCCGGUGUUUUGUCGUCAACAUGAGUAAAUCAGGUCUAUGACCACUUGUCAUGCUUUGAAUGUAGGGAAGGGCAGCAUUUACUUGUAUGACCCAGUGCAAACAACCUUCCCUAAUAAAAAAUAAAAAAAAAUCUAACCAACACAAAAUGCCAACAGACACAACACAAUAUAACACAAUGUGUGGAUAUUAUACAAAUGUCAAUGCACCAAAUAAAAGUUUCUAAAUUACACUCGUUACAAAGUAAAUUAUAAUCCAUUAAAAAGCAAAAAUGAAAAACACUCUCACCACACUCAAUGUUUAGCGCAUUUUAACUGCUUGAUAUUUCUGAUGGAUUACAAAACUUUAAGGAGCUUGUCAAAGAAGUAAACAAAGUAGGAGUCCAACCUUUACAUACUAUUAAUAUCCAAUUAUAUUAUUGUAUAAAUAUAGUUACUAUUACAGUACUGUAACAAUUAUUAUAUUUUUUUAGAUGAAAUAAUACAGAACAAGUUAUAAAAUAUGACAUCUCAUCAGACUUUUUGCUUUGAUUUUGCUAUGGUCACAAUAAAAAUGGUAAUACAUUUUUCAAUGAAUAGAUGUUCUUCUUUUUCGUUUAAAGUACCGGUUCAUUUGGGGUACUAAGCAAGUUAUUUUCAAAUAAGGGAUAUAUUUACCAUGAAUUCCCAACAUAAACUGUACUGUAUACCAGGGGUGUCAAACUAAUUUUAGAUGGGGGGCCACAUGGAGAAAAAUCUACUCCCAAGUGGGCUGGAUUGAUAAAAACACGGCACGAUAACUUAAAAAUAAAGACAACUUCAGAUUGUUUUCUAUGUUUAAAACUAGGACAAGCACAUUCUGAAAAUGUACGAAUCAUAAUGGUCUUGUUUUUUUACACUUACAUGUUGCAGUUAAUAGUAUUCUAUCUUUAUUCGUUGUUCUGAAUAAAUUAUGUGAUAAUGUUCAUCAGUCAACUCAGUGUUAACUUUCAAUCUAUUAAGAUACAAAAAAAUGAUAUCAAAAUCAAAUUACAGGAUGUUACUUAUGUAGUUUGAUCAUUUUCCUUGACUUGUGCACUAACAUCAUGUGUUUUUUUUUUUUUACAUUUGUAUCAUCAUCUACAAAGAUACAAAUAAUUGCUAUUGCGACAUCCAGUGGACACAUUUAGAACAGCAGUUUCUUCCAUUCUAAAAUUUCGGCAAAUUUUUAUACUUAGCAAACUCAUUCCGCGGGCCGGUUCAAACCUGAUCCGGCCCGUGGGCCAUAUGUUUGACACCCUUGCUGUAUACAGUACAUAACAUUACACAUCUCUGACAUUAUUUAGUAGUAUUUUAGAAAAUAAAACAUCACAGAUGUGUUCUCAUAAAAUAAGCGCUGUCAAAUGAUUUUAAAAUCAGAUUAAUCACUUUUGAGUUUGGAUUAAUCAUGAUUAAUCACAGGCAAGUACUCACAUGCGUGAUUUAAAUGAACGUAAAAAAAAGGCCCAAUAUUUAGACACAGAUUAAAUUUUAUUGGCAGAAUGUCAUACAGAAGCAUCUUUUAAUGUAUUACUUGAAUGCAUUACAUUUAUUUGUUCAAGAUUCGGCAACAGUUUUAUCUGAAGUCCAGUCGGGGCUUAUCUUGAAGUGCACCAAUAACCAUCUGCGGUUACAGCAAAGAAGUAAAAUUAAUUCUGUGUAGCCACACUACAUGAAUAAUGCAAUAUUUCUUUGUGAUUCAUCAUCCGAGUGAACUUAUGUUUAACAGCUGUAAUCAAAAUAUUGACUUCACCCUGCCUUCACUCACCUCUACUCAGAUAUUAGAAGUGCCAGGUAAUACUUUCAAUUAUGAUUAGAUUUAAGCAUGUAAUACACACUGAAAUAUUUCAUACUAAAGAGUGCCUACUUAUUUUUCUGUGUGACUUCUGUUUCAGCUAAAACAGCUGACGUGGAUAUUUCUUUCAAUUAUUGACAACAAAUCGGAACCAUAAAUCCAAUUCCAUGUCACUUGCUCCUUAUGUGCCAGUGGAUGUUUGUGUGCACCAGAUAGUGGCUUUUUAUUUCACCUCUUUGAUUUCUGUAUCUUAGGGAGGGAUCUAAUGUACAUAAUUAAUAUAAUACAUCAUGUAAAGAGACUGUAUGUAUGUAUAGAAGCUAAUAUUCUAUAUAUGUUUGACCACAAUCCCGAGGAAACACUGCAUGUUAUUGAUGUUGAUGAUGCACAGAGUGGUGCUGAUGAUGGUUAUACUUGUCAAUAAAUCACAUUUACAACUGCAUUUAUUGAAAUGAUUCA